UUUGAUAUAUAUUCACCUGAUUAAUAAUGUGUGCUGAUUUUGGCACUCCACUUUUUAGCUGCAUAAAUGUGCAGUGCAAGUGGUAAUGUAUAUGUUAAAGUGGAGUGCCAAAUUCAUCACCCUUCAUUAUGCUUCAUCAUUGCACAAAUGUUAUUGUACAGUACUUUUCGUCUUCCUGUUCAUUUCAUGUAGAAACUCCAAGGACAACGACAGUUAGACGCAGGCAUGGACCAGCUAAGAUUAGAGAUGAUGAAGAUGUGGGUACAGUAGCAUCAGUUGGCAUAUAUGACUCAGUGUCCAGUGCUGAAGUUAGAAAAGUGCAAGAACUCAAGUCCGAUGUGGGUACAGAAGCAUCAGUUGGCAUAUAUAACUCAGUGUCUAGUGCUGAAGUUAGAAAAGUGCAAGAAGAACUGAAGUCCGGUGUUUUGGAUCUACAAGCUGUAGUGACAAAGCCACUUCCUCAUGUUUUGCACGUGUCGGAAAUGGUAAGAUCUAGGUUGGGAAUGAGACCUGUGGAUCAUGUAAGUGGAGAAAACAAAAGUGCAGCAAAUCCGUCUGUUGAAAAGAACGCUGAGCCUGAUCAAUUUAAUGAUGAUAAUCAUGGAGACCAGACCAGUCAUCAGAAUGAUGUUCCCCAACCUAUUGGGAAAGAAAGUUGUGCACCAAAUCUAUCUGUUGACAAGGGAAAGGGCACGGAGAAUGAUCAAACGGGUGAUGUCAAACGUGGAAAUCCGUCUUGCAGUUCUCAGAAUAAUGUUCCUCGAGCAGGCUUGAUGGAACGUAAUAGUACUUCCCAUACUUAUGAGUGGGAUGACUCGCUAGGUAUGUCACCUGAACUAACAUAUAGCAAGGGGAGGUUUCACCUACCUAGUCUAAAAAGGAAUGCUUUUUCUCCACUGAAGGAGUAUGAGGAUGAAAGAUUUCCUAAGAGGAGAAAAAAUAAGAGAUGGAGCUUACAAGAAGAAGAUAUGUUAAGGACUUGUGUGCAGAAGUAUGGCAUUGGCAGAUGGAAGUGUAUCUUGGAAGCACACCGAGAUGUAUUUGAAGAUAGAACUGAGGUUGAUCUAAAGGACAAGUGGAGAAACAUGACUAAAUAGAGGCACCUGUGAAUAGUCUACUACUAUUUUGAGAACGGAAUAGUCUACUACUCCGAUGCAUUUGUUCGUGUUUAUUAGUCUAUGAUACCCUCAUCGGAGCUGUACAGGGUCAUGUGUGCAUCGAUCAAAUGCUACGAUUGUACUCCGAUGCUUUUGUUGGUGUUUAUUAGUCUAUGAUACUCAUCGGAGCUGUACAGGGUCUGUUUUUGUGUUAACGAAAGGAUGCAUGUGUGCAUCGAUCAAAUGCUACGAUUGUAAGCAUGUAAUGUAAUGCUUAAUGAGUUAAUUCACUCGCUCUUAUUCUUCUCACCCGAAGCAUUC